GGAUGCUAAACUGAAGAAUUGCGACCCGAACUGGGUGAGCUUUCUCUUUCACUCUUUCGCGACUGCUGCCUGCCACCAGUCGUGCUAUGGUGUCCUCUUCUUAUAUACGUCCCAGAAUCACCAGGAUGACCCUGAACACACACAACACACGGAGAGAAAUACACUUCUCCGACGACGCAGAAAAAUCGAUAUGUACGGUACCCAGCAAAACACCACGGAUGGUGGUUUCCGUCCGUUGAUGGGUCCUGCCUGGUUUCACAAAUCCGAAUCCUCCUCACCAGAAAAUCAGAGUCAGUUGUGUGCUGCUUUUCCCCUCCUCGCCCAAUCUCAAGGUCUUGGUCAACCACGACGACGACGACGACGAUAAGGAUGGAAUUGUUUCGUUAAAAGGACGACUCGGUUGAGUUUGUUCAGAAUUGACGAUCAGCAGGAUGGUGUUGCGAUGUGCUAUCCAUUUGGAGGACGAAAGUCCGUACUACGUUGGAGGUGGAGUGGUUUCGGGGGUUCUAGUACUGAGCACGACAUGGUCCGAUAAGGUUUAUGGAAUUAGCGUAAAACUCGCUUCAAAAGUGGAAGUGGAUUGGGACGCGUCGAGACUCUUUAACCCAUAUCGGACAUCGAGAAAUGAAGACGUCGCGUUUCAUAGUGAUUGCCAAAUUUUGAUGAAUAGAAAUAAUGAUGGAGAACCAUCCUGUCUGGCCAACCUCGUCUCGAAACGUACUAUAAUGAUAACCCGUGGCGUUGUUCACCGUUACCCAUUCCUCCUCAAAUUGCCAAAAGAUUUGCCCUGCUCCUUCAAUGGAACGUUUGGCCACGUUUCAUACAAAUUGGUCGUUUUUAUUAGAAAACCAUUUCGAGAGAUGUAUAUCGGUGCAACAAAAUCGAUCCAAGUGGCGCCCUUGUUGGAUCUAAAUGACCAAAGCGUCCACUUCCAACUUCCCGUGGUCGACGAGAGGAAAUACUUUCUGAGCAGUGCACGUCCCGGAUCUUCUUGUCGUAGUAGGACUCCAACUCCGAUAAGCCCGAGUGCAUCGGGAGGGUCAUCGUUAUAUUCGCGUCGAAAUUCCUCCCCUGCCGUCCCUUCGUCCUCCUCACUAAACGUUGACAGCGAUCCACACAAUGAAGUGGUCAUACUGCGUGUACGACUCCCAAAAACAGCCUUUGUUCCAGAUCAACUCAUCCAUUUCGAGGUGGAUUUGGAUAACAGAUCCAGGCUGAGUUUAAAUGGGGCGAGGGCGGUGCUAAAUGCGAAUAGCUACUUUCAAAUCGACCAAAGUUGUAAAGUUGAUUGCCGAACGCUAUUGAGAUGUCUGGGUCCUGGCGUGGGGCCACAUGGCAGAGAAAUUUGGACGCACAGCUUCCCUUGUCCACACGUCCUACCAACCGGCUUGGGAACAGGGAUUGUGGGGGCAAUCGACCUCCAAUACUUUGUUCAGUUUGACGUCAUCAUUUCCGAGAAUGUAACUUUAUCUUCCAUCGUGAAAGUGAUAAUUGGAACGGUGCCCUUUGUGGAGAGCAACCUGUCCAGCUUGAUGGCAUCCUCGUCAAGUUAUUAUUAUCAUCACCACGGGAUCACGUCCUCGAUGAGUGACGAGGACUAUGCGAUGAACUUUCUCCUCCUCCCUCCUCCCCCAGAGGCUGGGGGACGCGUGAGUGAGGAGGCGUUGAGGAGACGGCGUCGGUUGGAGGUCGAAUCCGCAAAACCACCACCUUCCUACGAUUUUCACAUGAGGUCGGCAAAAUUAGACGUGCGGACGGGAACGCCAGAGUUGGCCGAGACCCCCCCACCCAGUUACGAGGAAGCUGUUUCGAUGAGUCUUUCCCUCCUGAGAAUGAAGAAACAUCAUCAUCACAGGAAUAAAAAGAAGUGUCCAAAAUUUGAAGAUCGUUUUUAAAUUGACUGAAUGUGUAAUAAGAAGAACGUGAUCGAAAUUAUAAUAACGAGAUUUGUAAGAUUAUCAAAAUACAAAUAUGUAAUACAUCAAAGCCAAAAAUCAAUAAGAAAGAUGGAUUUACAUAAGAAUAAGAUUGAAAGUGAACUUUGUCACUUAAUGAUAACACCUAAAAACUUAUAAUAAUAAUAAAUUGUAAUAACAAUUAUGCGAAUAAUGAAGGGACAAUUGAUUGAAUAAACAGAUAAUAAAGUAAGAAUUCCCAAA